UGACUCUUGUGUUGUUAUCUUUGAUAGUAAAAGUAUAAAAGAAGAUCAACCUUAUGACCACGUUACUCUGAAACCAUUUCGCUCAACCCUCAGAAAUGAAAGUUACACUGUUACUCGUCAUUGUCAGCGCUGUUAUUGUUGUGAUCUCCAGCGAGAUUUGCAGAGAUGAUAGUGACUGUUCUCACGUGACAUGUGACAGUACCUCGAGACUUGCCUGCUCUCAUGGACUAUGCACCUGUCUGGUUGCAGUCAAUGCUGGUUCCUGCUUUUCAGCCACGUGUACCGCCCGCGCCGACUGCGACAGCUGUCAGUGUAGAGACAGCCACACAGAACGUCACUGUUUCGACGGCCACUGUCUCUGUGGACGUGGUGCUUCUGGACCUGGUGGACCUGGCGUAGGGAAAUAAAGAAGGAGAAGCCCCCAUGGAAAAUUUUCAUAUCAAGUGAAUAUUUGUACAUGUACACUGUACAAUAAACCCAUUUGACUA